AUGGAUGAUAAAUCUCGUUUUUCAUUAAAAGCAACUAGGUUAACGUUUUCAAGUGGUGCAAAAGUUGGAGGAGGAGUAUAUUCAAUAGAAGCAAGAUGGGGACAUGCAAGUGUGUCAAUAGGUAAAAAAAUAUAUUUAUUCGGAGGUCAAGGACAAUCCUUAUAUUCAAACACAGUGGUAUAUGACUCAACUACAAGUAUAUGGUCAGAAGUAAAUACAUUAGAUAAAGGUCCAUCAGGUAGAUAUGGUCAUAGUGCAACAUUAGUUGAGGAUCAAAAUGAUCCAACAAAUUUAAAAAUUAUAGUUUUCGGUGGUAAAACAAGUAAAAAAUAUGUUAAUGAUUUAUUUUCAUUGGAUUUAAAAACAAUGUCAUGGAGUACAUUUCAUUUUAGUAAAAAUGUACCAGAUACUAGGGCUGGACAUACAUGCACAUUCGUACCAGGUAAAAAUGGACAGGAUUCGAGAAUUAUAUUAUUUGGUGGUAACCAUCAAUCAAAAUAUUUAAAUAGUUUAUUCAUAUUAGAGAUACCAAGAUUACAAACAGGAACAAUUAAAUGGAUUAAACCACCAACUAAAGGUACAUCACCAUCUCAUCGUUCAGCACAUACAGCAGAUUUUAUCAAAGACAAGAACAUAAUAUUAUAUUUUGGAGGUUUCGACGGUAAAAGAUCCUUUAACGAUUUACAUGCAUUAAAUGUAAAUGAUUUAUCAUGGAGCAAAGUUAUCACAAAAGGAAUUCCACCUUCACCAAGAAAUGGCCACUCAUCAGUUUUGGUCAAUGGAAGAUAUUUAGUUAUUCAUGGUGGUUGUUUUGAAACAGCAAUUCUCAACGAUGUACAUAUUUUAGAUGUUUCAACUUUUACAUGGUUUCCAACAACAGUUGUGGAUUUAGUUUUAUUCAAUAGAUUUCAACAUUCCUCAAAUUUAUUAGAUAGCGGCGAAAUGAUCACUUUUGGUGGUUGUUCUUCAGGUCUAUUAUAUAGCGAUAUGUUUAAUUUGGAUUUAAGACCAUUAUUACCACAACAAAUUGUUUCAGCACCACCAACUGCAAAUACUACCACCACCACAUCAACCACCACCAAUGCCAAUACACCAAACCCAACACAAAAAGAAAUCACCUACUCAGUUCCAAAUUAUACAUUGGAACUUUCAUCACAAAAUACCACACCAAUACCAUUAUCACCAAUGAAUACAAGCACCAUACCAAAUACUACUACCACUACUACCACUACCACCGCCACCAAUCAUAAUAAUAAUAUAAAUAGUGAUUGCUGUAAAUGUACAAAUCAUCCAACCAAUUUAUCAACAGAUCAUUUAUCCACCCAAUUAAAUAAUGCUCUAUCGUUAUUAAAUUUAGAACAAAAUCAAAAAUCAAAUUUAUCAAAUGAACUAAUGAAAACCAAAUUAGAUAGGGCUGAGGCAAUUAGAAGUGCUUUAGAAGAACAAUCAAAAAUCGAAAAUUUAGAAAAAGAAUUAUCAAAAAUAGACGCUGCCUACAAGAAAGAAUUAAGUCAAAAAACCAAAUUCCAAGACUCUCUCAACAAAAUAACGUCAGCUUUAAAAGAAAAAGAAAAUAUUCUUCAAUCGUAUAAUGAAAUUUUAACCCAAAUUAAAUGUAAUAUAAAAGACACAGCUUUUCUAGAGAAAAAAGAUACAGUCAUUCAAAUUUUAGCUCAAUUUUCAAAUUUAUCAAAUAUUAAUGAUUUACAGUCAUUAAAAUUAACAAAAGAAAAUAUUGUAAAUAAAACAUUAGAAAUUAGAGUGGAGGAUUUAGAAAAGGAGACUUUAGAGUUAAAGAAACAAUUAGAGCAACAAAGAGUUAGAAAUCUAGAAUUAAAUAAAGCUAAAGAGAUACUAUUCAAUCAAGUCAAAAGAGAUACUGUUUCAUUAGAGCAUAUGUUAGGUAAUUCUUUAGUUGAUUUAUCAUUACAAGAUUUGGAUAAACUCGAAGAAUUUUAUCACAACAGCUUAAAGAAGAUUGGCAUUGCCAAACAAGAAGUUUUGCAACGUCAGCUCGAUAAACUUCAAAAAGAAAAAGAUGAAAAUUCAAACAACAACACCAAGAACUGUAUUGUAUGUGUCGACUUGUCUAUUAAUACUGUGCUUUUACCUUGCAAACAUAGUUGUAUAUGUAAUGUCUGUGCUAAGAAACUCUCACUUUGUCCUCUAUGCAGAAGUGAAAUCAAAGAUAUUAUCGAGUACUACUAG